CUGUCCCGCUCGCUGAAGCUGGCGGCUCUGGGCAGCUUGUUGGUACUGAUGGUGCUGCACUCGCCGUCGCUGCUCGCCUCCUGGCAGCGCAAUGAACUGACCGACCGGCGCUUCCUGCAGCUCAAUAAGUGCCCGGCGUGCUUUGGCACGAGCUGGUGCCGCCGCUUCCUCAACGGGCAAGUAGUGUUCGAGGCGUGGGGCCGCUUGCGCCUGCUGGACUUCCUCAACGUGAAGAACGUCUACUUCGCGCAGUAUGGCGAGCCCCGCGAGGGUGGCCGCGCGUGUGAGUUCGCGCGCCUGAAUGGCGACGUGAGGCUGCUCACGCCCGAGGCUGUGGAGGGUUGGUCCGACCUGGUGCACUGCCCCUCACAGCGCCUGCUCGACCGCCUAGUGCGCCGCUACGCCGAGACCAAGGACUCGGGCAGCUUCCUGCUCCGCAAUCUCAAGGACUCGGAGCGCAUGCAGUUACUGCUGACCCUGGCCUUCAACCCCGAGCCGCUGGUGCUACAGAUUUUUCCAUCUGAUGAAGGUUGGCCAUUUGCAAAGUAUCUUGGAGCUUGUGGAAGAAUGGUGGCUGUAAAUUAUGUUGGAGAAGAACUGUGGAGCUACUUUAAUGCACCAUGGGAAAAACGAGUUGACCUGGCUUGGCAAUUAAUGGAAAUAGCAGAGCAGCUUACUAACAAUGACUUUGAAUUUGCACUCUACCUCCUGGACGUCAGCUUUGACAAUUUUGCAGUUGGUCCUAGAGAUGGGAAGGUAAUCAUUGUGGAUGCUGAAAAUGUUUUGGUUGCUGACAAAAGGUUAAUUAGACAAAAUAAACCUGAAAAUUGGGAUGUAUGGUAUGAAAGUAAAUUUGAUGAUUGUGAUAAGGAGGCUUGCUUAUCAUUUUCAAAAGAAAUUCUUUGUGCUCGUGCCACUGUGGACCACAAUUAUUAUGCUGUUUGUCAGAACCUCUUAUCCAGACAUGCCACCUGGCGUGGCACAUCUGGAGGACUCCUUCAUGAUCCACCAAGUGAAAUUGCCAAAGAUGGCCGGCUAGAGGCCUUGCUGGAUGAGUGCGCCAACCCAAAGAAACGCUACGGCAGAUUCCAGGCUGCAAAAGAACUGCGGGAAUAUCUAGCUCAAUUGAGUAACAAUGUGAGGUAGUCUAUGGUGAACUUUUUUUUUUUCUCCAUUUAAAUAGCACUGGCUAAUACUAAACCACCAAAACUAUCUGGGAAAAAGAAACUUGGAAGUAAUACUUUCAGAGGAUGACAAACGUGCACUGAUACAUCUUAUGGUGAACUUUUCUUUUCUCCAUUUAAAUAGCACUGGCUAAUACUAAACCACCAAAAACUACCUGGAAAAAAGAAACUUGGAAGUAAUACUUUCAGAGGAUGACAAACGUGCACUGAUACAUCUUAUGUUAACAUUCAUCAAAAUAAGACAUUACUUCAAAAACCAUAUGAUUAUUUUGCAGAUCUUUUUGUUCUUACACUUUGGAAACUUGAGCUAUCCUUGACUGCUUUGCCCCUUGAAUGCCUGAGUGCAUUAAUUAAUAUUGUCAAGCUAUUAGAAAUGAAUCUGAUAGUUAUAUUGGCUUGUGUAUCAAAGGGUACUUGGUAUACUUGACUUAGUUUGCAUAUAGUAUCAUGAUUUUGUGAAUCUCUUACAUUUACUUUGAAUGUCACAUUAGAUUGGCCUGUUUUAUAGGCUACUUUUUCCUUCCUAUUUUUUUUUUCUAUUUUUAUGUUUUUCCUUCAGUCUUACACAUGCAGGUUACUUUUAAAUUUGGACUAGUUUUAAUUCAGUGCUAUGCAGUACAUGUUAACCAUUAGGACAGGAUUUCUAGGUUUACUGUGUUUUUUCAGGAAGCUGAAUAUUUUAUUAUGUAAAUACUUUUCUUCCCACUUUCUGUGGUUUCACCAUUGCAUGAGCUCAUUUAAGGUUAUUUAACAGUUAUAUCACUCUGUGCCAGUAAUUAGAAUUGUACACUAAACAUGAAGUUGGCAUAUGUUGCUAAAUGUCAUUUUGUCCUUUAAAAGGCUUUAAGAAGAGUGUGUUAGUAGUUUUCACCUUGAUGUUCAUUUUGACAGGAAAAUAUAACCCCGAUAUUUUUUAAAUGCUAACUAGUCUAAAAUAGUAAUGCAUAUGCCAAAGAAAUAUUAGACCUAGUCCCAUGGUUAGAAUUUAAAAUUGGUCACUUACUCACUCUUAUUGUCCUACUUGCAAUAUGUUCUUUAUCAUUAUUAAGUUCAUAUCUCCAUGGUCAUUUUUUUAUCUUGAAAAGUUAAGCUACUGCUUCCCAGCAUAGGCUACUUAAAGAUAUUCUAACUUUCAUUCAUCGGUAGUUUUUCAAAAGUAACAGGCCUCAUGACUUUUUAUUAAUGAAUGGAUUAGUAAUUUAUACUGUAGCCAGUCUGCCCAACAUGGUCUUCAUUACCCAGUUGUUAAACAUCAAAACAUAAAAAAUUAAGUAUGUGGAUAAAAAUUAAUAAAUAUGUGAAAUUUGUGGGCUUUUUUAAAAAGUUAUAAUUGACAUAUAUUGACUAUCACUAACUGAUAUUAUUUUUGUUUGAAAUCAUUACUUUGUGUAUGACAAAGUUUGGUGUAGUGUGCAGUAUUUAGUUCUAGUUCUAGACUGACUUUAUUAUUUAUUAAUCAGAAAGUGAUUAAAAUAUGCACAACCAAAGCCACGUUUUUCUUCUGUUUUUAUGCAUUUAGCAACUAUUUAUUGAGCCACAGCUCUGUGUCACGCAUAUUACUAGCUGCCACACACUAUCUGAACAUGACAUGGUUAAGUAACUUUACAAUGAUGAUCAAAUAUUUUUAUGUAGGUAUUUCUUAAAUUAGGAUGCUGCUGCUUUCAUGUUAUUUUAUUAUUGUGAUGGAAAUUCUACUUGUGCCAUCUAUAACCGGGUUGCUAUAAAAAGAGCAGGAUGUUCUUAAUAAAGGUAAUUCCAGUUUAAAACUGGAAGAAGGAUAAGAUUUCUUCAUUGUAAAAUAGAUUGCAGUGUGUUAACUUUUAUACAUCAGUACAUUAAUAUAUCAACUAGCCUUCAAACAUUCAGUGCUGGAAAUUUUACUAUGCUGAUGUUUUACAACUUAGGAAAACUUUUGAGGGGAAUAGGUAAAAUUACUUGUCAGACAUUCAAGCCUUCACUCAAAACUUCAAACAAAAUAAUACAUUUUCAAAAUGGAGCACCUUUUACAUUUGAUAAGUCUUCAUUACCAGUCUUAGAAUGCCAGUCACAGAAAGGUUGUCUUUCUGCGGCUUAGCAAACAUUUAUCUUACUUUUGGGAAGUGAUUGUGAUUGCAGAAUAGGAAGUGAGAGAACAGCUGCCAGCAAUCAUAGCUGCAUGAGGGAGUUUUGUAAAACUGUCAUUUCCUUGUAAAAUUAUGUGGAAUUUUCUUCAGAAAGUUGAGAAGGUAGUAAAAGAGUUAGGAAUUUAACAGGGAAAAUUGUAUGUGAAAAGCAAUAAAUUUUUGUUCACUUUGCUAUCAAGAUAUUCACUAUCAGAUAUUUGUUAUACAGCAACAAUUUAUAUUUUUAAUCAUUGCCCAUUAAUAGGUGCAGUAAAAUAUUUUUGAAUCAGACAUUUGGGGUUUGUAUGUGCAUUAAAGUUGUUUUUUGUACUGUAAGUUACUGUUUAAUUUGAAUAAUUUACCAGAACUGUCUCCCUGUGCCUUUACAAUAUAAAGUUGUUUCUGCAACUUUAAUGCUCUUAAUAAAGGAUACUUUAAGAAUCA